CGAAAAUUUUUUAAAGGUAAACCAGAUUUAGUUGAGUGGGAGGGAAAAAACUAAUUUCGAACACCUGAGAAGACUGAGAAUCUUUUUCUAGGUCGCCGGAAAAGCUUAUCGGAGGAUGGAGAGAAUCCAUGUCUCAGUCAGAGCGCGGCCGCUUUCGUCUGAGGACGCGAAGACUAGUCCUUGGAAGAUCUCUUCCAACUCAAUUUUCAUGCCCAAUCAUUCUUCUCCCACUUUCGAUUUCGAUCGGAUUUUUAGAGAAGAUUGUAAAACCGUCGAAGUGUAUGAGGCACGGACGAAGGCGAUUGUUUCUGCCGCCGUUUGUGGAUUUAACGGAACCGUGUUUGCUUACGGUCAAACUAAUAGUGGCAAGACACAUACAAUGCGAGGCUCCCCAAUUGAACCUGGGGUCAUCCCUCUCGCUGUACAUGAUUUGUUUGACACUAUAUAUCAGGAUACAAGCAGAGAGUUUCUGUUGCGUAUGUCGUACCUGGAGAUUUAUAACGAAGAUAUAAACGAUUUGUUGGCUCCUGAACAUCGAAAACUACAGAUUCAUGAAAAUUUGGAGAAAGGAAUAUUUGUUGCUGGACUACGAGAAGAGAUUGUCGCUUCCCCUCAACAAGUCCUUGAAAUGAUGGAAUUUGGAGAAUCUCAUCGGCAUAUUGGAGAGACAAAUAUGAAUCUUGUCAGUAGUAGAUCGCAUACUAUUUUCCGCAUGAUUAUUGAAAGUAGACAGAAGAUGCAAGAUGAAGGUGCUGGAAAUGCAUGUGAUGCAGUCCGUGUUUCUGUACUGAAUUUGGUGGAUCUAGCUGGUUCAGAACGGGCUGCAAAAACCGGUGCAGAGGGUGUUAGGCUGAAGGAAGGCUCACAUAUAAAUAAAAGCUUGAUGACACUCGGGACGGUUAUUAAAAAAUUGAGUGAAGGAGUAGAAAAUCAAGGUGGUCAUGUUCCGUACCGGGACAGCAAGCUUACAAGAAUCUUGCAGCCUGCUUUAGGUGGAAAUGCAAAUACAGCUAUUAUAUGCAACAUAACACUUGCACCGAUUCAUGCAGAUGAAACCAAGAGUAGUCUUCAAUUUGCUAGCCGAGCACUGCGUGUCACUAACUGUGCCCAUGUCAAUGAGAUAUUGACUGAUGCUGCUCUACUAAAGCGCCAAAAGAAGGAGAUAGAGGAGCUCAGGUCCAAACUAAAGACUUCUCACUCUGACCAUUCAGAAGAAGAAAUUCUUAACUUGCGCAAUACCUUGUUGAAGUCUGAAUUAGAGAGAGAACGGAUAGCACUUGAGUUAGAAGAGGAGAAGAAGGCACAAGCUCAGAGGGAAAGAGUUUUGCAGGAGCAAGCAAAAAAAAUUAAGAACUUGAGUUCAAUGGUUCUCCUUUCGAAUAGAGAUGAGAAGCGUGAGCAGGAUCACUUUAAGAAGGGAAAGAGGAGGGAUACAUGGUGUAUUAGUAAGGUUUCACGAGACUCCCCAUCAGAGGUCCAGUCUAAUGUUUUGUCAAGGGGGUCCUCUCUUGAACCUGCAAGAUCAGAUCGUGAGACUGGUCCACUACUUCCAUUUUCGGAACUGAUAAAUGAACCUUUACAUAACAUUAACGAAGAAGACGAAGAUAGUAUCAAUGAAACCCUUGAAGCUCCUGCACUUCCAGAUCCAUGUGCUUUAGUGAAUGUCACAAGCAGAAAGAAGCCAUCAAUCAAGCAGAAAAGUCAUGUAGUGGUUGAAAACGAGUCAGAUAGAAUUCAAAGGGAAUAUGAGGAUCUCCUCUUGCAAUACGAAACCGAGAGAAUCAUCAGCGAAAUACAAAUUGAGUUUCUUAAGGCGAAGUUGGGUGAAGAAGUUAUAUCUGGUGAUAGAAAAUGCAAGCAAUUAGAAGUCGUUGGCAACGUGCAUGUGGAUGAACAUGUUGUAAACUUAAGAGAUCCAGAAUCUAUUCUUCUCAUUAAGCAACUCCAAGAGAAGAUAAACAUUCUGGAGUUGGAGAAAUCUUCAAGCAACCAGAGUCUUGAUGAUCUCGCCAUGGAAAAACUUGCUGAGAUUGAAGAGGAGAUUCAUGCUGCUAGAGAAGAGACCCAGGUGGCUCGUGAACAACUUGUGUCCAAGGAGUCUGAAGUUUCUCAUGUGCUUAAUGAGAAUCUUAAAUCUUUGGUCAAUGUAGCAACAGAAGUUGAAGUCUUAGUGUCUGAAUUUCAAAAAUCUAAAGCGUCAGUGGAAACCAUAUCUUCAGUUAUGGAUGAGGGUCUCCAAGAUUUUGCUUCAUUCUCUUCUUUGAUACAUGAUUUCACAUCGUUUAUGCACCAAAGUUUUGAGCAACAUGCUUCACAAAUCAGCAGCUACCAGAAUGUCCAAUCUUUUCUGAAACAAAAAGUUCUUGAUGUUGAGAAUGAGAAGCUUCUUUUGCAAGAGCAGUGUUCUGGUCUGCAGAUCCAGAUAGAAGAACUUAAUCAGGAAGCUCAAAAGCAUGAAACGUCCUUAAUGCUUGUCCAACGUUGGAUAUGCAAAGUCGAAAUAUCAGAUUUAAUAAACCGUACGAAAUCAUUAUGUCAUUAUAGAAUCUCUUUCUAUUGGCUGAAUUUUGGACAAGCAUUGCAUGAGCAUAUAUUUCUAUCUUUUCGUAUAAUUUUCUCCGUGGAGAACCAUAUCAGUGUUCUUUUUGGUGGACAUAACUUCUGCUUAAGUGAAAUGCUCGUUCUCAUCCUACUUCACAUUUAUCAGGAAGACUUUAGACAGCUUGAGGUCCUUGCUUUUGAAAUGGAAACAACAAUUGCUUCCCUGGAGGAGGAGCUGGUUGCUGAACGUGGAGAGAAAGAGGAGGCACUAUGUCGAAAUGACGGUUUAGAUUCAGAAAUUACAGCUCUGACAGAGAAACUGGAGCACUCAAAUACCCAAUUAGAAGAUCUGCAAAAAGAUGUCACAGAGCUUAAAACGAGACUUGAAGGUUCAUCUUCUGAUCGGCAACAUCUAGAAACCAGUGUUAAACAGUUGCUUGAAGAAAAGGAAGAGCUAGCAAUGCACCUGGCAAACUCGCUUUUGGAAAUGGAGGAGGAGAAAGCAAUAUGGAGCUCGAAAGAAAAAUCUUUGACAGAGGCGACGGAGGAAAAGAUCAGAUUAUAUAAUAUACAAAUUGAGUCACUCUCUAAAGAAAUGUCAGAGGCAAAGAAGCAGCUGGAAUCUUGUCGACUUGAAUGUGUUACUCUUGCUGAUAGACUUAGAUGUUCUGAGGAGAAUGCAAAGCUGGAAAAAGAAUGCAGCAUGGAGAAGUCUCUAGAGAUUGAUAGAUUGAGUGAUGAACUUCGAUCAGUUGAUGCUGUGAGUAAGCAAUCUCAAGAGGUUCUCAAUUCUGAUAUCGACACUCUAAAGUCUGAAGUUCAAAGUGCUUCCGAGAUGUCUGAUACACUUCGGAGAGAGCUGAAUUAUGCCACAAGUGAGCGCCAGGGUUUGUUAUCUCGCAUAGAGGAGUUGAGUAAGGAACUGGCUUCAUCAAAUUGUUCGCAGAUUGAAAAUGCAAAAAAUCCAAUGGAAGAACUGACUCCCAGAACCUCAAGCCAAGAAGCCAAUCCGUUUAAGGAUGCAGCUGCAGAAAACAAGGAGAAGGCAAAGCUAAAAAUGAGACUCAGAGGGACGCAAGCACGCUUAGAUGCAAUAUGUCUAAGGCACAAACAGUCUGUGCAAGAAAUAGAACUUAUGAACAGGAAGUUCGAGGAAGCAUCUACAAAGCUAAAGGAGAAGUUAGCAUCAAAAGCACUCGAAGUGGUCGACCUCAAGAAGCAACUCUCUGCUUCUUCAAGAACAAAGCGAUGAAGUUAAAAACAGCUUA